AUGUUAUCGGUGCCUUUUAUUAUAUUAAUGCCAUUUUAUUCGGCGAUGCCUUUUUAUUCAAUGCACGACAACUUUAUUCUCCAGUGUUUGUUUCAUUCUGUUGAUAUAAUUCUAGAUAAAAAUGUCUGGUGCACCUUUGCCAAAAUUAUGGUCAAUCCAGCAAAAUACGCAUCGUCUGAUGCAAUUUUGAAACGCAAUGUGAUGGCGUUAAUGGACGAAUUCGAGGAAGAAUUAAAAACUAUGAGUGGCAAAUGCAUGGACAUCGGAUGCGGCCCGGGCGACAUUACCAAAAAUAUCACUUUGCCGUCUCUUGAUAAGAGUGCUGUAAUGAUCGGUACGGACAUUUUAAAAGACAUGGUCAAGUAUGCUAAUGAGAAGUAUAGUGAAGACGCGCGAAUCGUAUUUGAAGUAUUGGAUGUUCAGACUAAAUGUCUUCCCACGAAAUAUAUUUCCGAAUUCAAUAAUAUAUUCUCAUUUCACGCUUUAAAUUGGUGCAGCAAUAUACGACAAGCAUUUAAUAACAUCUACGAGAUGCUUCAACCCGGUGGAACCAUGUUUGUGAAUUUGGUAGCUUCUCAUGAUUUAUUUGAUGUUUUCAUUCCACUAUCGCAAAAUCCCCGCUAUGCUUUCUACAUGCCGGUUUAUGUCGUAUUUGCGGUGGAAAGUGAGUGCGCUUGCCGCACGGCGCCAAUCAGUUGCACAUCUUUCUUUCAGGAAGCGAGCGAUUCGCAAGCUCGUAAAGGGAGAUUUUUGUUCGACGAUUUAUUCGGCAUCGAUAUCACGAGCAGCGCUGACGUGGACGAGGAGAGGCUGAGAAAUUGCACAUGUGAAUGCGGCUUAUCCAACCAAGAGAAUCGAAUUGUCGGUGGACGUCCUACCAUACCGAACAGAUAUCCUUGGGUCGCGAGGAUUGUGUACGACGGUCGUUUUCACUGCGGCGCUAGUCUGCUCAACAAUGAUUAUGUAAUUACAGCUGCCCAUUGCUUACGGAGACUGAAGCGGUCAAAGAUCCGCAUAGUACUCGGUGAUUACGAUCAAUACGUGAAUACCGACGGAGUCGCCGUAAUGAGAGCGGUGAGCGCUGUGAUACGUCACCGGAACUUCGACAUAAGUUCCUUCAAUCACGACGUAGCGUUGUUGAGACUCCGUAAAUCCGUCAAGUUCUCGAAGAAGGUCCGCCCGGUCUGCCUACCUCAACCAGAUACUGAUCCCGCCGGGAAAGAAGGGACGGUGGUGGGAUGGGGUCGGACGUCGGAAGGAGGCAUGUUGCCCGCGAAGGUGCACGAAGUACAAGUGCCGAUAUAUAGUUUGUCGCAAUGCCGAAAGAUGAAGUACCGGGCGAAUCGGAUCACUGACAAUAUGAUCUGCGCCGGUCGAGGUGGCCAAGAUUCCUGUCAAGGAGACAGUGGCGGUCCGCUUCUUGUCCAGGAAGCCGAUAAACUUGAAAUAGCAGGUAUCGUGUCCUGGGGUGUCGGAUGUGGAAAACCUGGCUACCCCGGGGUUUACACAAGAGUAUCCCGGUAUCUCAAAUGGAUCCACGCAAACAUGAAGGACGGCUGUUUGUGCGCCAAUUGAGGGCCUGUUUUCGUCUCCACUUUGUGUAUGAAGCUUAAAGGAACACACCGCGCGAUUACGGUUGACUGUCGUGACCACACGUUUUUUCAUGUUAUUAUUUAUAUGAAAAAAAAAGGAAAUUUACUUAGUGAUCGAUCGUUCUAAUAUAUAUAAUUAAGCAUAGUUCCUUGCAUAGUGGCCAUUAUUAAUGUUAGCGUUAAUGUUAGCCGCAGCUUGACUACGUAAAGUGGACGGUAUGAGAAACGUGUGGCAACUUUGUUUUUGCAAUCCAGGUACACAAUUUAGAGCACAACUAUGGUUAAAAUUCGCGUCGCAGGUUUCCAUCGCGCACCGUCGGCCACGUACGAAUAGCGGUCGAACGUUUCCGGAAUAAUCAGCGACCGAUAACGGUUUACUGUCAAACCGGGCUGAAGUCAACGCGCGCGCAUAUUCCGUGCGCAAAAGCGUCUUUGUCGCGCCUAAUUAGAAUAAAUAUGCUUAUUCCCGAAAAGAAAAUAUCGAAAUUCAAAAAGUAGGACCAUGUCCCGAAAAGUCACAGUCCUGAAAAGUGAAUAUCAGGACGAUAUCCUGAAAUAUUAGAAAAAAAUUAAGUUGUUUCGCAAAGUUAUAAUUUCCUCCAAUAUUUCGGGAGAUUGUCUCGAUAUUCAGUUUUCGGGAUUGUGACUUUUCGGGAUAAUCGCAUGUUUUCAGUUUUUAGUUUGUAAC